AUGUUUAAAUGCAGCACAGCAGAGGGAAAGGAGUUGUGCAGCAUAGUAGGUUGCUAUACAGGAGGAGCAAUAGAAGUAGCCAGCGAAGAAUGUCAUCAGGGAAAGCAUCAGGCAGCGAAUGACGAAGGAAAAGUUCCUAAGGGAGAGGACAUCUGCAGCAAACCGACAAGUAACAGUGAGAUAGGAGGACUGACAGUCAGAGAUGAAGGUACACAGACUGAAGACAAAGAAAAAGAAACAGAAGUAUACGGCACAAGUCUGAGUACAGAUAAUGCUGCUGCUGCUGCUGUUGACAGGAUCGAUGCAGAUACAGAAUUUCAAACUGAUUCAGAAGGAACUAGUACAGUUUACAGUGUGCAUGGUCGCUUAUCUGUACCAAGCUCAAAAAAGAAAACCUACACAAUAACAGAAGAUGAGAUCAAGCGCAGAAUCCACGCAGAGAACAUGUCAGUUCAUGUUUUCAGAGGUUUGAUUGGGGGCCGUAAAGCCAAACUGCCCGCAAUGAUUCUUGACAGGCCUAAAAAGGCCAAAACUAAAGUAACAGUGUUUAGUGUUGUGAGUGAAGAGGAGGCUGGGGAGCUAGCCCUCGGGUUUGCCGGAAGAUUGGCCUGCGAUGUCACAAGAGACAUGGUCUGUAAAGGCAUCGACCAAUCAAGUGCUGAUAUGACAAAACAGACUCUUCUCAAAAUCCAACACAACCUUAAACAUGAACUGACUGAUUCCUCAACCUUCAGUUUGCUGACACACACCUUUGGCCCUGCUGCACUGGAUUCUGUCGUUUCUUUCCUGUGUGAAAAACUGGAUCUUGUCUCUUAAAUAAUGAAACCUUUUGUGACUUUUGUUUGUUCUGUAAAUCAGAAUCUUGAAAAUUGUUCACUGUUGUUCUAAGUUUGUAU